AUGGACAGCUACUUUCAAGAUGCAGUCUUCAUGGGCGAGCCGGCUAAGCUCAGCCUAUUACCGUCGUCGUUCGAUGUCCAAUUCAGUGAUCGACAGCUUCAGAUACCAACAGCCAACAUCAUUGCAAUCCACGUAACACACAGAGCUAGAGCGGAAGUCUCGGAAUCUGACAGUCGCAUUCAUGCAGCACUGUUUGCCGCAGGGAACUAUCCUAAAGAUAGCGUUGAGCAGAAUGAUAACCAAGGAGAGAUGUUUAGGUUGAAGAGCUUCCAAAUGGAGUACACUGGCCAGCAUCUUCUCCCUUGUCCUCCACUACUCCUACCACAUUUGCCGGAACACCUACGUCUGCCACCCAAAAAUGGCCAGGCGAAUAUUCAUGUCGUGAUCUCCACAUUUUCAGGCACGCAAAAGGCAGAAGGAUUUUACGAACUAGCCCUCAAACCACUUCUUGACCAGCUCAAGGUAUCUCCUUACGCUGUCCAUCGCACAGAAAGUGCAGACUCCAUCUCGCAAUUGACACGUGAUAUCAUCCUACCAAGGGUCAACCAAGGGAUCAAGCAGCUCAUCAUCCUCCUCUCCGGCGACGGGGGCAUGGUUGAUGUUGUCAACACCCUGUUCAGUGAGCAAAUGACGACCGCCAAUGCUGCCAUACCAAUUGUCGGCCUCAUACCGAUGGGCACCGGAAAUGCAUUGUACAACUCAUCAUGCCGACCUCGACCAAACAAAGGCCUUCCUGCCACCACUACUCAGACCUCUGGUCAGGAACCAGACGGUACCUCUGAAGACCAAACCCGCGGUCUCCGCAACCUCCUCCUCGGCAUGCCCAAACCCCUCCCAACAUUCCACGUCACCUUUUCUCCAAAGAGUACAUCCAUUUCCUAUCCCGCUAGCUCCACACACCCCAUGCACACUCCUCUUUCCUCAACCAGCCCUUCCGGCACCUCCACCCUACACGGCUGCGUCCUAACAUCCUGGUGUCUACACGCCUCACUGAUCUCCCUCUCUGACGCCCCGGCCCAUCGCGUGCAUGGCUCGUCCCGCUUCAGCACCGCCGCCAAAUCACUUCUCUGCCCGCCUGACAACUCACCAACUCACCUCUACAAGGGCGUUGUCUCAACCCUCCACUGCGACCAAUCUGGACAGGAGAUUUGGGAGCCGUUGAGAGAGCGUGAUGGCAGCAUAAGAAGGGAGCAUAUGUAUAUUCUAGCAACCCUGGUAUCUAAUCUGGAGGAAGGUUUUACCGUUUCGCCGCACUCGGAGCCAUUGGAUGGUAAAUUGAGAAUUGUCAGUAUUGGGGCUGUGGGGCCUGAGGAGGUGGUGAGACUACUUGGGUUGGCUUACCAAGGGGGUAGGCAUGUGGAUGAUGAGAAUGGACUGGUUGGGUACGAAGAGGUCGAGGGCCUGAGAAUCGAGUUCGCGGAGGAGGAUGACGACGGAGCGGAGGAUAAGAGUGAAAUGGGUAGAUGGAGGAGAGUUUGUGUCGAUGGGUUGAUUGUGGAGUGUCCCAGGGCUGGAUGGGUGGAGGUUCGGAGGGACAGAGGGAGAAGUGUCGUAGAAUUGAUCCCCAUCAGCCCUGCUGAAUGUUACCCUUACGCCUUCGCUUCAGAUACAGCUCCAGUCGCGACCUCUCCCGAUAAGGUGCCCGUUACGACGCUCUCCCUUCUCCUUCGCACAACUCAUCCUGACUACAUCAAGACAGUCAGUCUCCUCUCAACCCUUUACCCCUUCAGCCAUCCACCAUAA